CCUUUCACGUCCAAGUAUAGUUAUCAACACAUGUAACUUUAUCUAUUUAUUACAAUAAAUCACCAAAUGACUCUUUUGUCAACCUAGCAACAAGUAGUCAAAUGAUUCAACAAGGAAAAAAUAAGUAUAUUUGUUAGGUUAUAUUAGACCACAGGGAUUGUUAUAUCGUCAGUCGAUUUGUUGCACGAUCAUCGAGUGUAAUUUGUUAUAAACGAUAGACGUUCUGAUCGAAGAUUUUAUGUAUUUGUUACAUUAUAGGAUUUAAAAUUAAUGGAAAAUAUUUCAGUCAUGAUAUCUGUGGAGACUGUAUUAUCUUUUCACUCUAUGCAAUUUCUAGAUGCAUUUUAACAUUUAUCUGUUUAUCUUUGAUUUAUCAUGUAAAGUAGGAUGCAACUAAAUAAUAAAGAAAUUGUGGUCCUGCGUGUGUUUCAUCACUGUCAUCAUCUCGUGGUCGUUCGGAUGUUUAUCAGAGGCAGACGAUAACAAUAAGAAGCGAACGUGAUUUAUGGUGUUUUUAACCAAUCGGGAUCGUUCAUACGUUUGAGAGUCAAUAAAUUAUUUCAAUUCAACUUAUCAAUGGAUAAAGGCAACUAUAUUUAAAAAAACAUAGUUACUGUUAAAAGUUUAUUUUGGAGAGGUUAUUUAACUUUCUGACUUAGAACUAUGGAGGGCUAUUGCCAGACUAGGUUCCAUUACUUAAAUCAGAAGUUUUUUAACCUCCUAACAUGUUCAAUGUGCUACCAGUAUCUUUUCCCAGAGAAUAAAGAACUAGAGCCGAAAGGAUUAUUCUUGGAGGCUACAAGUGAAUCAAGGUAUAAAAAAGGGACUCGAAUUUUAGCAAAUAUCUCAAACUCAACUUUUGUAAGAAACGUUUGUAAGACAUUAGAGGCGGAAGGAGACUGUGCAAGAUGGACCGAUUGUUGUAAUUCUGCAAUCAAAUGUUGCAAGGAUCAACUUGCGGCGCCUUUUCUUUAUAAUGGCACAAGUCACUGUCCUCGGAUUUGGGAUGGUUAUGGCUGUUUCGGAGAUACCCUUCCUGGAGUCCGUGAAUAUAUUCAGUGCCCCUCUUACAUUGAACAUGGGGUUAUACAUGCAAAUGCAUUUAAGGAUUGCACAGAAAAUGGAUCAUGGUAUGUUGACCCAGUAUCAAACAAGACAUGGACUGACUACACAUCAUGUGUCCCAAUUGAGCACCCAAUGAUACUAGUGUACAUGAGUCUAGCUUGUAAUAUAAUUAGCCUUUUGCUACUUGUUCCUUCCUGUGCUAUAUUUCUGGCUUUUAAACAGUUACGUAACCAGCACAGAAUCAAACUACACAUAUGUUUCUUUACCUCUUUUAUACUGGUAUCAGUGGUGGCCUUGAUGUGGGAUUUCCUUGUCCAUUCAAACAGACUAACUACAAGUGCAAACAGCACACUUCAGAAAAACACGAGUGGUUGCAAGUUACUGAAUGCACUGUUGCGAUAUACUCAAACAUCUAACUAUUUCUGGAUGUUUUGUGAGGGAUUUUACCUUCAUCGACUGAUUGUUCAUGCAUUCAAAGUACCAAAAGGGCUGCUUGGUUAUUACGUUAUGGGGUGGGGUAUUGCAUGGGUGCCUGUAGUAAUUUAUUGUAUAAUCAGAGCUACAGAUGAAGAUUUGGACAAAAGGUGUUGGGUAACUGAUGCUGGUCACUAUGAAUGGAUAAUAUUUAUACCAAAUGUAUUGUGCCUGUUUAUGAAUGUAGUAUUUUUCGUCAACAUAUUGCGGAUUUUGCUUACGCAGUUGCAAUCUCAUCCGAAUGAACCUAGUAAUUACAGGCGAGCAUUAAAAGCUACCUUUGUUUUGAUCCCAUUGUUUGGUAUACAGUGGGGGUUUGUGAUACACAGACCAGGGUUUACUCUGUGGUACGAGGUAGUAAGAAUUUUUGUUCAGUAUACACAGGGUGCUAUUGUAUCACUUGUUUUUUGCAUCUUCAACGGGGAGGUACACUCGCAUUUAAAAAGUUGCCUUCGAAAGAAAUGGCCGAGUGCCUUCAGAGAUGACCCUGGCAGAUUUCAAAGCACGGUGUCAGGAACACAGUACUCCCACGUGUCGUCAGGACGCCGUGGAACUCAACAAACUGAUCACUAUAUCCCACUGAACACAGUACCAGAUGACCAAUCAAAACAAAAUGGUCAUGUUGGAUAACUCAAUGUUAUGAAGCAAAUUUAGUAAAUCUACCAGUAUUUUUUCAUCAGGAUAGCUUAAUCAAAUGAACCAUUGCAAACAAUUUACAACGUUUAUGAAAAAAGCUCCGUCCCAUUUAUGUAUUGAUUCUGUUAACAUUAUAUUUAUAACACAUUUUUAUUGUUGGUAUGCAAAUAUUGUUAUGUUUUAUUUGCAUUGCUUAUCUAAUUUUGAAGAUCAUUUACGCUUGAAAAUAUUGAAUACCUGACGACAAUCAUAUACAGAAAAUGAAAGAUUAACUUUUAAUUGGAUAUAUUUUUCUUAUGUCUUUAGUGCUCUCUUUAGAACCGUUGUCGAAAUUAAAACAAAAUACCCUUUUUGUCUCAGAAAGAAAUACCAGGAGUUAUGAAUGUAAUAAAUGAAAUAUAGAAUAGGAAGUCAAAAUUUCCGAUUUUUUUUAAAUACAUUUUAUUUUCUACAAACGAGAGUACAUAUAUUAAACACGAAUGGGUGAUGUCCCUUUAACAAAUUUUCCGAAUACAUUGACAAGACUUGUUUGGCCACAAUAUAGGAGUAUAAUUUUCGUAUAAAAAAAUCUCAAAAACUGAUAGGUUGUCUCAAGCACCUUUCAAUCGUUAUGCAUGUCAUUUGUUUUGUUAUUCUGUGUCUGUGAUUUUUUUAUGUAUCUUAAAUGUUAGCGAUAUCGACAAAUUUCUGCUAAAAUGCAAGUUUCAAUAGUGUUCAGUGCACCAGUUCAUUAGAUGGUGACUUAGCUUUGUAUGUAUCACUUCAAAUAUUAACCAAACACCAAUGGUAAAAUGCCUUUUACAAUUUUAACUUAAAAUUUUGUAUAAUUGCCUGUUAACAAAAUAAUGUGUAAACAGUAAGUGUACAAGACGUUUACAAAUAUUCAGGAAAUCUGUUGUAACAUUAUGCAUUCGUUUUUUAUACAUGUGUUUGUGUAUGUGAAUAGGGAAGGGAAACGGGUAUUCAUAACUAUAACUAGCCUUAACAAAUUAUCAACUGUUGAUACACAAGAAUAGGUCAUCAACAGCAAUUUGAUAAAUUAACCAACAAACUAUGAUACUUCAAUGAACAAUUAAUGGCAAGGCUAAUGACAUUUACAUGUGGAAGGGAUAAACUGUUUUUGUGAUAUUAAAACCAUCCCUCCUUCUUUUUCCUAUAAAACAUUUUUUUCAAUGUUAACAUUCUUCGUCGGUAUACCAGUUCUAUUACCUGUCUACUUGAACCAAAUUAGGUAAUGUGUCGUCAUACAUUUAUAUGGUCAUUUUAAUACCUGUGAACAUGUUCAUUGUCACAUAUGGGGUAAUGAAUCGUCAUACAUUUAGAUGGUCAUUAUAAUACCUACCUGUGAACUUGUUCAUUGACACAUAUUGGGUAAUGCAUCGUCAUACAUUUUGAUUGUAAUUUGUUCAGCAUCUAACAUGAAAAUUAUUUUUCUCACUUAUGAAUAAAUAAGUCAUUGACGUAAAACAUUGUCCUUUUUCUAUAUCUUCUUGAUUGUUGUUAGCUCAACGCCUUUCUUUAAACAAAAUAUUGACAAUUCUAUUAUAGUAUAUCAGUUAUUGUUGUUUGCAUUUUGGAAGAUUUUUUUUAAUAUAGGAAUUGGUAAAAUAGAGCUCAUGGUAGCCUCUGAACUCGAAAAUCAAAACAUGAUUAUAAACAUACCAAAUAGUAUACUUGAGAUUUUCAUAAGCAGAUAUUAUUUGUCGGGAAAUGGCAUUUAAAUCUUAAAUUUUGUCUUGCAUAUGGAUGUUAGAGCUCCAAUUUUCUUACAUGAAGUGUUAAACGGAAAACUAUUAAAAAGCCACAUUUUGAGAUAUUGCCACUUGUUUUAUUAUGAGCAUCAACUUUACCUACUAGGAUAUUUUGCUUAAGAUAUUUUUCAAAGAUGUCACUUUGCUUGAUUAAACUGUGGCUCAUAUAUUUUGACAGUGCAACCUAUGCGUGAGAUGUCAAAUAUAGGUCACCUACGUAAAUGUCGACUUGUUGACGACGUCAUAGAGACAUCAAAACUCACUUAUGUGUUCAGAAUUUAAUAAUCUAUUCAUUUAUCAAUGAAAUAAAAAAAAAAGUUUUGAAAGGAUCAAAUUAAUUUGUAAUUUUUGCAAUUCUAGAGGUUUUAAAAUGGUUUUUACCAUACCUCCUAUUUUUGUCUUUUUUCCUCCUUCAAGUAUAAGUGAGUUUAAAUUGCUAUUGCAUUCUCUCAAAUCUAUCAUAAUGUUUCCUUCGGCAUGCAUACCUUACGUUGAUGUGUCUUAUAAGUACAUGUACAUAACUUUUUUGUAUACAUAUACUUAAUAUAAGAUAAGUGUAAGUUUUGUUUUUUCUCUUUCUUUUAUUUGUUUGAUUAUUUAACUUUCAAUUUAUUUUGUUAAGAUAUGCAUUAUAUACAUAUAUAUUAAAAUCAUUUAGACUA